CGCAGCCCUCUGCUCCCGCUGGUAGCCCCUCCCCGCAGGGGUGAUAAAGCCGGAUACUCAGGGUCUGGGGCCUGCGGCUCUGUGCCGCCUUCAGUGGCUCCCUUGUCCUGGUCCGAGAUGGGUGCGCGCCUCCUGCUACUGCUGGGCCUCUCCUUGCUGCUGGGUGUCCUGCAAGCUCUACCAUGUUUCCAGUGUUCGCGAGUCAAUGCGAGCGGGGUUUGCGAGACUGGGGAAAGUGUCUGCGAGACUCAAGACAGCCAGCAGUGUUUCCUGAGGAAGGUCUAUGAAGAUGACAGGCUCCUGUACGGAUACCAGGGCUGUGGGGACCUGUGCCUCUCCAUGUCUUUCUUCAGACAAAAUGUUCGAGUGGAUUUUGUAUGCUGCAAUGACAUACCUUUCUGUAACAGAUUCUAGAGACUUGACCCUUCCCAGUUAUUCAUUUAGCCCUUUUUUAUACCCCCACAGCCUCAGAGGACGGGCCAUCUUUCCCCAGCAUGUCCAAGCCCUGAAGCCUGUUCCUGCUAAGUUUCCGGUGGUGAUGUUUCCCCAGCUUACCCCACCAGAUCGAUGCUUUCUGCUUCCCAUCACCCCUUCUGCUCCUUUUCUCAGAUUCCUGUCUGCCCCCCUUUCUCUCCCUGUACCUACAUCCCUCCUUGCUUCCCCUGUCAUUGGCUGGCAUGUAACAAGCUCUCCCAUCUCCCUCUUUUCCUUCCUUGGACAAAUAUUUUCUGACGGCUGAGCCCUGUAACUAGAUGCUGAAUAGAGAACAGUGAAUAAAACAGACCUGAUCUCUGUCCUCA